GGUCCUGGCCUCUAUCCUGAAAUUGGCAAGAAAGCAAGAGAUCUUGUUUAUAGAGACUACCAGGGUGAUCAUAAAUUCACUCUCACGACUUACGCCUCAAAUGGAGUGGCCAUUACUUCAUCUGGGACAAAGAAAGGUGGAUUACUUUUAGCUGAUAUAAACACUCAGCUGAAGAACAAUAAUAUCACGACUGACAUAAAAGUGGAUACCAACUCCAAAGUUCACACGACCAUCACUGUGGAUGAGCCUGCUCCGGGUGUGAAGGCUAUUUUUAGCUUCAUCGCUCCAGAUCAAAACUCUGGCAAGGUGGAGCUUCAGUAUUUGCACGAGUAUGCCGGAAUAAGUACCAGCCUUGGGCUGACUGCAAAACCCAUUGUCAACUUUUCUGGUGUUGCUGGAAAUAAUCAGGCUGCAUUUGGGACUGAUAUCUCGUUUGACACCGCUACUGGGACUUUCACCAGAUGCAAUGCUGGAGUUAGUUUCACCUCCUCCGACCUGACUGCGUCCUUGACGUUGAAUGACAAAGGCGAAUUGUUUACUGCAUCCUACUUCCACACAGUAAACUCAUUGACUAAUACUGCAGUUGGAGCUGAGUUGACCCACAGCUUUCCAAGCAAUGAAAACAGUAUCACUAUUGGGACACAACAUUCGUUGGAUCCUUUAACUGCAGUGAAAGGUCGAGUCAACAACUAUGGGAAGGUAAGCGCUCUUAUACAGCAUCAAUGGCGUCCAAAAUCCAUUGUCACUAUCUCAGGCGAAGUUGACACGAGGGCAAUAGAAAAAAGUGCCAAGAUUGGAUUGGCUGUCGCGCUCAAGCCAUGAAGUUGAGCAUUUUGCAAUUGAAAUGUUGGCUGCAUCGUGUUGAGAUGUAGAGUAAUAAGGUAGGUAGUGUUGAUUCUUGGAAGCCCUCAUCUUCUUCGUGCUCUUUUGUUUCAUUAAUGUGGUCUUGAUUUUUUUCAUAUUUCACGGUUUUCAAUUGUAGAAAAUAAUUUUUACUGAGGCCGUUUUGACUUGCCUCACCUAUGUUGAUAGUGGCUCAAUGGUUGAUCUUACAUGUUGCACAAUCUUACAUUUCCAUUGUUGUGCAACAUGUAUUGAUAUUUUCUUAUAGAGGGUAAUAAGUUAAA